CUACUUUAUCCUAAACCUGGAGUUUUCUUUGGACCUGGGCUUUAUCAGAUUCAUGCCGUGGCGUCUGCUGGUCCUGGUGUUGGCCCUGCCCAUGGGGAUGAGCUGGCUGGCGCUGUUAAACUUCUACGAGAGCCCAAAAUUCCUCGCUAAUUCUGGUAGAGAAGACCAGGCGGUGAAAUUGCUAGAAAAGAUAUGGAGGAGAAACGGUGGGAAUGAUGAGUAUCCUGUAAAAAAGAUAAUCCUAAACGAGGACUCCACGGCGCCUGAGCAGAAACUCCCAUUGAUUCAAUCGUUGUGGGCGCAGACUGCCCCCCUCUUCCGUCCUCCGCUGCUUUGGCGAACCCUGCAGCUCUACUAUAUCACCGCCAUGCUCUAUGCCGUGAACAACAGCUUGAUGAUGUGGUACCCAUUCUUGCUGGACGCAUUUCUGGCAGAUGAUGGUUCCUCAGACCAAGGUGGCCUCUGCAACAUGAUCCUUCGCUCGCAAGAUGAAUCUAAUAACCAACAGGCUUCCGACUGUUUCUCGAAGCUCGACCACUUCACAACCUUAUCUAGCAGCGCCUACUCUUUGGUGUUUACGCUGAUCUACCUCGUCAUGUCUCGCUUCGCUGGCCGCAUGAAGCUCAUGUUGAUAAUCAUCCUGACUGUGGCCUCCGCGUCCGGUGUGGUCGUCAUAAUGACCACGAACAACACCAUUAGUUUGCUCUUCUUCUUAGGAAUUUUGACGACGGGGCUAGGAAUUGGACUUAUGUUCUCUUACUUCAUUGAGCUGUAUCCCACAUCGUAUCGUGGAAUGGCAGCAUGUCUAGCCGUGAUCAUGGCACGAGGAAGCGCGCUAGCGGCCACCAACAUCAUCGGCUCCCACAUCAUGACGAGCUGCUACCAAUGCUUCUACGCAUUCACAGCCUACAUGUUUAGCGGUCUCAUCUUAUCGUGCUUCCUGCCUUCCGACACAAAAAAGAAGACUUAAAGUUUUAGGACAGGUUACGUCAAACCGUUUGUCACCGUUAAAAUUUUCGCACAAUUUUAUUGUAUGAAGUCUCAUAGUUCUUAGCUGAGUGACGUUGAUCAGUCU